AUGCGCCCUGCACGUCUCCAGCCCGCGGUGUCCCCGGUCCUCCGCGGCCGUGCGCGGCCCGCUUUACUGACGCAGGAAGGUGGCAACCUUGAAGAUGAGUUGAUUGACUCCGGACCCGCGCACGUUCCGAGGCCGGCCUCCGGUCAGCUACACUCCGGAACCGAAGAGGCCUCACCCUACCCUUUGGUCAGUACUUGCCUGCGUGUCCUGAUUGCUAAUCUCGAGAAGUUGUGUCCUGAGAGACCCGAUGGAACCCUGUGCCUUCCAGAGCAUUGGAUUUUCCCACAAGAAGUAGCUGAGCAGUUCCUUCAGCUGCUGACUUGGCAAGGAAAGCUGACUGAUAAGACGGCAAGCAUUUUCCAAGGCAACCAAACGAACCUGAAGCUGGUCAAUAUCCAAAGAGUAAAAAUCUCUGCCACUGCCUUCAUUAACUGCUUCUGCCAUCAUAAGCUCCUUGAAGUGGAUGCUACUUCAGUACACUCCGACCUUCCACUCCCAGACAUCAUACAUGGACUCUGCAGCAGUAGCUGGAUCCAGCAAAACCUCCGGUGUCUCGUCUUAGACUCAGCAAGUGUCCCUCACAAUUCAGGACUGUUGGCCUUUGGUCAGCUCACUGGCCUUCGCAUCUUAAGUGUUCCCAAUGUUUGCUUUUAUAGUGAAGAUCUGGCUAAUGUUUCCCAGUUACCAAGCCUGGAAAACCUGGAUAUCUCUAAUACUCAGAUAACCAACAUCUCUGCACUCCUUACCUGCAAGGAUCGACUCAAAUCUCUCACCAUGCACUAUCUGAAAUGCCUGACGAUGACCAAAUCACAAAUUUUUGCAGUCCUUAAAGAACUUAAAUGUCUACUUCACCUUGAUAUUUCUGGUCACAGGCAACUCGGAUCAGACCUAGGUUUUUAUUUCCUGCAACAAAAGGAUAUCCUGCCUAAUAUUGUGUCCUUGGACAUCUCUGGGAGCCGUUACAUCAAUGAUAUAGAUGUAGAAGAGUUCAUACAGCAGCGGCCUGCAUUGCGAUUUGUGGGACUCUUGGCUACAGAUGCUGGUUAUUCUGAUUUCUUCACUAGAAGGCGAGGCUUAAAGGUUGCUGGAGGAGCCAAUAUCAGUCAGAUUGCUGAAGCACUGAGCCAGUACAGGAAGAGGUCAUGUUACAUGAAGGAAUCUCUCUACAAACUCUUCACAGAGACAUUUUCAGUACGUGUAACCAUGCCUGCCAUUUUAAAGCUUGUAGCUGUAGGAAUGAGGAAUCACCCCUUGGAUCUGGCAGUGCAGUUCACAGCCAGUGCCUGUGCGCUCAACUUAAUGCGCCAGGGCCUGGCCCGGGGGGUGCCUGUGCGCCUGUUGUCGGAGAUCACCUGUCUGCUGUUCAAGGCUCUGAGAAAUUUCCCCAGUUACCAGCAGUUACAGAAGAAUUGUCUUCUCUCCUUAACCAAUUCCAGAAUUCUCAUGGAAGUUCCCUUUGACAGGUUUAGUGCUACCAGGUUUGUCCUAGGAUGGCUCUACCGGCACGAGAACCCCAAGGUCCAGACCAUGGUAGUGAGCAUCAUCUCUACCCUCGCCCUGCAGCUAUCGCGUGAGCAGGUUACACAGCUGCAUGAAGACCUCUUCAUGGCGGUGAAGGAACUUCUAGAAAUAGUAAAACGAAAGACUGCUGAGAAUUCGGAUGACACCACCCUCUUGUUUUCUCUCAAAGCACUUUGGAAUCUUACCGAUGAGUCUCCAGCUACCUGCAGGCACUUUAUGGAGAAUCAAGGGUUGGAAAUCUUCAUCCACGUCUUGGAGACUUUUCCAGAGUACACAGUACAAAGCAAAGUACUUGGUCUUUUGAACAACAUAGCUGAAGUUCCAGAGCUCACCUCCAGGCUGAUGACUAAAGAUGUCGUGAAGCACGUCAGCGCUUUACUCCACAGCAAGCACAUGGAAGUGAGCUAUUUUGCUGCGGGUGUAAUAGCCCACCUGAUGUGUGACAAACAGCCCUGGCCGUUGGGUGCCUUUCAGAGGACUGCUGUUCUCCAGGACUUGCAUGCAGCCAUCCAGAAGUGGCCGAGUUCAAGAUGUAAGAUGUCAGCAUUGUUGACCUACAGAUCCUUCAAGGCAUUUUUCCCACUCCUCGGCAACUUCUCUGAGCCAGCGGCUCAGCAGUGGGCCCUGUGGGCUGUGUACCACGUCUGCAGUCGUAACCCCAGUGUGUACUGCAAAAUGUUAGGUGAAGAAGGAGGACUGCAGCUUUUGUGUGACAUCCAGGCACACAGUCAGACAAGCCCGCAGGUACGGCAGAUCGCGGAUUCCAUUCUGGAGGACUUCAGGAUGCAUUUCACGGCCUACCGGAGACUCACUGCGCAUUGAGUGCAUUUUUUGCACCUAAGGGUCCCUGGAGAUGUGCUGUUCCCCAGCAGCAGGCCUCUGCCCUGUGGGUAAUUCAGUGUUGAAACCAGUUGUUGGAGCUUGUGAGUCGGCUGUCUCAUUGGCCUUUUGUUGAUUUUUGUUGUUGUUGUUAAGUUAUGAAAGGAUUAUGGAUUCUUACGCUAGUCAUAAACCCAGGUCGAGGUGGAAUCAUUUUGGGGCUACUGCCUCAGCAGCAGUUUGGAAAAAAUCAAACCACCGCCUUCAAGAAGACCUGGGAGCUUGUGUUGAAAGAGCUGGAUCAGUUUUCUUUGGCCGUGGACAGUUCUUCACGUGGGGAGCUUGUCAGAUGAACAGGACUUGUGUACCCAGAAGAGAAACCAAAGACUUACAGGAAAACCUUGGUUGUUAUGUUAAAUUUCUUCAGUUGUUCCUGGUAGUAUGAAACUACCAGAAAAGAAAUAUAUGCGGAUGAGAAAAUACGCUCAUAGAUUUGGUUUGGAAGGCAAAACUUCUGUUGGAGAAUAAAAGAAUUUAUUUUUUACUGA